GCUCUGCCUGCGUCACUACUGUGCGACGCACAUGUCGAGGUGAAAGUGCGAGCUGCCAUUUUUUUUCGAUGGAAUCUUCCUGAUUGUACAGGCAAAGGCAAACUGUGAGUCUCGCCAUCGCUCUUUGGCAGUUUUGUGUGCACGCGUCGGUGCAUCGAAGAGAAACUCCGCACGAAUAUUACCGAAUAUUUCCUCGACCCGGGCUCCGGCGCAGGCUCGGCUCGGCUCGGCGCUGCACCGGGCUGCAGAUGGCUGGUUAGCUCGGAAAGCUAACGUUAGCCGCGGCUGUAAACAAACACCACAGCGAGCGAGGAACAGCACGGCUGAUAAAAGGACCCCCGCAUGUCAGGUAAGAGCUCGGGUUUCCUCUAGAGCGGGUCGGCUCGGCUCGGGUCCACUCGGUUCCCGGGGCGAAGGCACACGCCGCGCGCACCAUGUCGUCCUUCUCCGAGUCGGCUCUGGAGAAGAAGCUGACGGAGCUGAGCAGCUCGCAGCAGAGCGUCCAGACUCUGUCGCUGUGGAUCAUCCACCACCGCAAGCACUCGGGCCUCAUCGUCAAAGUGUGGCACCGAGAGCUGAAGAAAGCUAAAAGCUCCAGGAAGUUAACGUUCUUGUACCUGGCCAACGACGUCAUCCAGAACAGCAAGAAGAAAGGACCCGAGUUCACAAAGGACUUUGAGACCGUCCUCGUCGACGCCUGCUCCCACGUUGCCAGGGAAGCAGAUGACGGCUGUAAAAAGCACAUGGAGAGGCUGCUGAACAUCUGGAAAGAGAGAGCCCUCUACAGAGCAGACUUCAUUCAGCAGCUCAAACUGGCCAUAGAAGACUCUAACAGCCCCCGGCCGUCAGAAGAGAAGAAGGCUGUGAAAAGAAGCUAUCAGAAGAUCCAAGAAGAAGAUGAUGAUGAGGAUGACGACUACAGAAGCAACGCCUCGCCUCGCAAUGCAGACAUAUCCGCAACCCAACUGACGGAGGAUUUGGUGAAAGCCCUUCAGGACUUGGAGAACGCUGCCUCGGGCGACGCAGCGGUCCGUCAGAAGAUCGCAUCUCUGCCGCAGGAAGUCCAGGACGUUUCUUUGCUGGAGCAAAUCGGGGACAAGGAGGCAGCGGACAAGCUGUCGAAGACGGUGGACGAAGCGUGUUUGCUUCUGGCGGAGUACAACGGGCGACUGGCUGCAGAGCUGGAGGACCGCAGGCAGCUGGCUCGCAUGCUGACGGAGUACAUCAACAGCCAGAGGGAGGUGCUCAUGGAGAGAGAAAAGAAACUAGAGGAGUAUAAGCAGAAACUGGCGAGAGUGACCCAAGUUAGGAAAGAGCUCAAGUCCCACAUCCAGUCUCUCCCCGACCUCUCCCUCCUGCCCAAUGUGACCGGGGGUCUGGCCCCUCUCCCCUCGGCCGGAGAUCUAUUCUCCACCGACUGAGAGGUCUUUGGACCAGAAGCGACACCCCCCCGAGCCCCCUCCCCGAGCCAACCCGGCCACAUGUUUGAUUCCCAGAACAAUUCCAGCCGCCUCACCGGUCGGACUACGAAUGUGGUCAAACCUCCCUCGGCAACCUCUCCAGACCGGACCGAGGCCGCGACGUUGGAAGCAUCGUUUGGUGAAAUCAAAAUGCUCUGCAGAGGAGAACUGAGACUCUGCUGCUCUGGAUUUUCCCAGCGCGCGUUCGAUCGACAAGGAUUCCGCUCCACCAGCUUAGAACGAGUUUGUUUCCUGUUUGGUUUUUACUUUUUUUAAGGAGGAGGGCGGGCCAGAGAAGCGAUGUUUAGACGGACAUAAAUGUUUGCUCUAAGGACCUGUCAAUCAAAUAGUCUCUCAGCGUGGUAUGUUUAGUGGAGUCUGUGAUCAAAGGACGGCCAUUUGCUCUCAUGGAUCUCAAGCGCUUGUGACUACACUGUGAAGAGGAUGUACCAUUCAGUUUUAUUUUUGGGUUUUCUGUUGGUGGCUUUUUAUUGGCCCGUAGGUGGUCUUUAAUGUGUAUGUAAAAUUAGAUCUCAUCAGAUUGUUGCUUUUUGGUUGCUUCAUGAAAGUACGUGGUCAGAAGACGGUGAUAAAUAGGUUUUGUCCUCAUAGAGAAAGACAAUAGACGUGCUUUACUUUUGUGCCCCAGUUUGCAAGCGUGUUUUCUCGUUUACAGGCUAAAACUUUGUGAUUCAAAGUUCCCAUUUGUUUUCAUGCACUAAUUUGGACGGAUGCUUGAGAUAUGAAAAUUCUGUUAAAAGGACAGUCGUACAGUAUAAUAACUCAAACAUCUACGGUAAAAGAUGAGAGAAAAAACACGGGUAUUAAAUAUUACGUUUUAGAAUGCAGAAUUGGGCAAUGUAGAAAUAUCAAGAUUUAGUGGAGCAGAUGGAGACCUUUUAUAUAGCGUGUUUUGGUAAAAAAUAAAAAAACCUUGAAUGUAAACUAAUAUGGACUGGUAAUGAUCUCAAAUCUCAAAAUUGGUAUUGUUAAAUUAAUGAAUACUAAUUCAUACAUAUUACUUAGUCCAACAGGUGUGUAGAUUCUACGUGAUGAAAUAUUUUACUGAAGAGACGCAGCAACAUCUCUUCACUCCCUUUCUUAUGUUUCUUUUUUUCUAAAUGAGGACACCAGCCGUAAACCCCUAAAACGUAUAAGUUAAGGAUCAGAAGUGUGACUUAUUCACCACCAUCAUUUUUGGUACACAACAGUUUCAUAUGAUUUUACCCAACAGAUCUCUGUCAAGACCUGAACAGUAUGUCUCAUUUGUUUAGCUCAUAUUUGAUUGUCUGUAUACAGAAAAAAAAUAUUCAAGAAGUUUUAUAAAACUUAAUAAAAAUGGUUUACUUUC